UCCACUAACCACCAACAACAAAGGAAAGAGAGUCAUCAUUGUUCCAAAGAAAAAUAAUCACAAGAGAGAGUUUUGGGUUUCCGUGGAGGGAGAGCAAUGGCAACACAGAAACAGAUAUGGGAGCAGCAGCAGCAAUCACAGUUGCAGAAAGUGAAAAACUCGGGCCUUAUCAGCGUCAAUGGAAGCCCAAUACAGGAUGACAAGGAUGAGGAGAUAUCAAGAUCUGCAUUGGCUAUGUUCAAAUCCAAGGAAGAGGAGAUUGAGAGGAAGAAGAUAGAGAUGAGGGACAAGGUUCAGGCUCGAUUAGGCCGUGUCGAAGAAGAAACUAAACGCUUGGCCGAGAUUCAAGAAGAGCUUGAAGCUCUCAUAGAUCCAAUGAGGAAGGAUGUGACAAUGGUGCGUAAGAGGAUCGAUACACUUAAUCGGGAGUUAAAGCCUCUAGGACUAUGCUGCCAGAAGAAGGAGAAAGAAUACAAAGAACUCCUUGAAGCUUACAAUGAGAAGAAUAAGGAGAAAUCUCAACUUAUUACCAAAUUGAUGGAGCUGGUAAGCGAAAGUGAGAAGUUGAGGAUGAAGAAGCUGGAGGAGCUAAGCAAGAAUAUCGAAAUGCUACCCUAAGAUGUGCUAAUUAACAGAUCAACAGUAUUUGACCCUUCAUUGAUUCUAUGUGUUGUAAUUGAUGAACUUGGUUUGUAUAUUACGUGAUUUAUUUUUGUUUCUCGGAAAGUUUGUUGAUUCAGCAAAGAAAAGAAGAAAAUUGUCGGAAUUCAUUCCUCUGUGUGUGUAUUCAAAUGUAUGAUUUAUACAUUUUUCUUUAUGUAGUUGAUUUUUGAGAAAGCUUUGU